AUGGCCGAAAAAACUACAAUUGCUAUAAUGAGUCCUGGAGAUAUGGGUCAUGCAAUCGGCCGAGCUCUUCUUUCAUCAAUUGAAAAUAAAUUUCGUAUAAUUACAAAUUUAACAGAACGUAGCGAACGUACACAAAAAUUAUCCAAUUCAGCUGGUAUUAUUGAUGUUAAAACCGACGAAGAAAUGAUUCAGCAAGCUGAUUAUGUUUUUUCUAUUGUUGCUUCAUCGCAGGCAAAAUCCCUUGCACAACGUUUCGCACCUUAUCUACACAAGCACAAGCAUGCUAUCUACGUUGAUAUGAAUGCAAUAGCACCCCAAACGCUAUGCUCUAUAGAUGAACUUUUGCCACAUGGAAAUUUUGUUGAUGGAUCCAUUAUUGGUCUACCACCAGGUACUCCGGGAUACAGUUGUACAUUAUAUCUAUCAGGUGAACAUGCACAGAAAAUAGCUGAUUUAUUUCAAUACACAAAUUUAAUGAAGGUUCGUGUCAUCGGAAGUGAAAUCGGCCAAGCCAGUAAAUUAAAAAUGUGUGAAGGAUCGUUAUUAAAAGGUUUAACUGCGAUUGGUAUUCAAGCUUUUAUUGCAGCAAAAUCCUUUGGACUAGACGAAAUACUUUUCGAUCAUUUAAAACAAACCAUGCCAGAUAUAUUUGAUAAAUUAAGUAAAUUCAUUCCACAUACACCACCAAAAGCAGCAAGAUGGGCUGGUGAAAUGGAAGAAAUUUCAAAAAUGUUCGAAAGUGUUGGUUUAUCUUCUAAAAUAUUUCAAGGAGCCACUGAAACAUAUCGAUUUAUUGCUGAAGAAACACCGUUAGGAAACGAAACAAUUGAAGACAGAAAACAAGGACUAACAUUACACGAUGCCAUAGAAAUAAUGAAUCUAUCAUUGGAGAAAAGUACACUUAAUAAAUAG